CACUCUUGACUGCAUUCAGAGUACGAGCAACGAAGUCAUCACCUCGCUAUGGAAUUACUGAGGAAUAUCUCUCAACAGCCGACGAAUAGCAACAGGAUGUACGAGCCCAACCAACCCGGGUCCUGUGAACUGCGGAGAAAGAGAACUGAGGACCACGGUCAUGCACCUGCAGAGAUGUCGAAGAUUAUCACGGAUCCUGCCACCGGGAAAUGUUACUGCCGUGGGAAAGUUCUGGGAAAGGGAGGUUUCGCCAAGUGCUAUGAGAUGACCGACCUGUCCACGAGUAAAGUUUAUGCAGCGAAAAUUAUUCCCCACACGCGCGUCUCCAAACCGCACCAACGGGAAAAGAUUGACAGGGAAAUCGAGCUACACAGAGUUCUCCACCAUAAACACAUCGUGCACUUUUACCAUCAUUUCGAGGAUAAAGAUAACAUCUACAUCCUCCUAGAAUACUGCAGUAGAAGAUCUUUGGCACAUAUCCUGAAGGCACGCAAAGUGCUCACAGAGCCGGAAGUGCGAUACUACCUCCGUCAGAUCGUCUCAGGGCUGAAGUACCUGCAUGAACAAGAGAUCCUACACAGAGACCUCAAACUUGGUAACUUCUUUGUGAGUGAGACGAUGGAGCUGAAGGUGGGAGACUUUGGGCUGGCUGCCAAGCUAGAGCCUGCUGGGAACAGGAGGAAGACCAUCUGUGGGACACCCAACUACCUGUCCCCUGAGGUGCUCAACAAGCAGGGCCACGGCUGCGAGUCAGACGUCUGGGCCCUGGGUUGUGUCAUGUACACCAUGCUCCUGGGCAGACCCCCGUUCGAGACCACCAAUCUGAAGGAGACGUACAGGUGUAUCCGGGAGGCGCGUUACUCCCUGCCCUCCUCCCUGUCGCCCCAGGCCAAACAGCUCAUCUCCAGCCUCCUGGCCAAGACCCCGGAGGACAGACCUCACCUGGACCACAUACUGCGCCAUGACUUCUUCUCACAGGGUUUUGUGCCAGAGCGUCUUCCUGCUAGUUGCUGCCACUCCGCUCCAGAGUUCCACGUCUCCAGCCCUGCCAAGAGCUUCUUCAAGAAGGCCGCGGCUGCCCUCUUCGGCGGGAAGAGAGACAAGGUCAAAUACUACGAGACUCUGAAUAAACUCACCAAAGAGGAAGAGGAGAUCUACAAGCUUCGACAUGACCUGAAGAACACGGUUAUCAGCCAGCAGCAGCAGAUCAAACAGAUGACUGAGGAUGGAAGGCCACCGUCACCAUCUGCUGGGAGGCCUGUCGCCCUGGCAACAGAGGGCCUGCCCCCGACGACGCGAGACACCAUCCGGCUUAUUGUCAGGGGCAGUCUGGGUAGCUGCAGCAGCAGUAGCGAAUGUCUAGAGGACAGCACCACUGGCAGUGUGGCUGAGACAAUCACCAGCGUUCUCAGAGGAUGCCUGGAAAACAUGCCCAAAGCGGAUGACAUCCCCAAAGGGACGGAGUGCAGUAAUCUGCAGUGGGUCACUAAGUGGGUGGACUACUCCAACAAGUAUGGCUUUGGCUACCAGCUUUCAGACCACAUAGUGGGCGUUCUGUUCAACAACGGGACACACAUGAGCCUCCUCGCAGACAAGAAGACUGUCCACUACUAUGCUGAGUUGGGUCAGUGCUCUGUGUUCUCCACAUCUGACGUGCCUGAGCACUUCAUAGGUCAGGUGACCGUCCUCAAGUACUUCGCUCACUACAUGGAAGAGAACCUGAUGGAUGGUGGAGACCUAGUGAGCCAGCCAGACACGCACAUGCCCAGACUCUACCUGCUGCAGUGGCUCAAGUCUGACCGUGCCCUCAUGAUGCUCUUCAACGACGGCACGUUUCAGGUCAACUUCUACCACGACCACACCAAGAUCAUCCUGUGCACCCAGAGGGAGGAGUACAUGCUGACAUACAUCAACGAGGAGCGUGUGUCCUCCACCUUCAGACUGAGCUCCCUGCUCACCUCCGGCUGCCCCGCAGACCUGCGCCAACGCAUGGAGUACUCACUCAACAUGCUGCUGCAGCGCUGCAACUGAACCAGGAAGCAGCACCACGCGGGGAACCGUUUAUACAGCCGGACAGACUUCAACAUGCUACUGCAGCACUGAACCAGGAAGCAGUGGCAGGUGGUGGGACAGUGAAUGGGGUCGGACCUGUGUAAAGCAAUGGACUGCUGAUUGGUAACCUUUGCCAAUCUAUCAGCAGAGUUGCAGCUGAAUCUGGAUGGAGAGGCUCUGGAAAGGACAGUGUAUUGAGCACAAUGACUUUGAACAGAAAAGGGCUGAUGUGUAUGUUGAUAAUCGGAGGAUAAGAUGACUGGAUGUUAUGUUAUGAUGAGGAGAUGGAGGUACGAAUGUGAAAACCAUCUGUUUUUGAGGAAGAGUGUGGAAGUGAAGAGGACAGUAACUCUGGGCUGGAACCAGAUAAAACUGUUAUGUUAUUUUUUCUAAUGAAAGUAGAACCAUAAGGGCUGAUGUAUGCUUCAAACUCGAUCCUGGGGCCUCCCCUGGGUGCACGUUUUUUUUUUUUUGUCCUAGCACUACACAGCUCAUUCAAAUAACCAAUUCAUCAUCAAGCUUUGAUUACUUGAAUCAGCUGUGUAAUGCUAGGGCAAAACAACUAAAUGUGGCCCCAGGGGAGGCCCCAGGACCAAGUUUGGGAAACCCUACACUACAGGACUGUAAUGUACACAGCACUUCUGCAGAGGGCGGGGAGGCUAUGUGUGGGGAGAAACACUAGCUAACUUCAAACUGUGAUUCAUUCUCUGUGAGGACAGAUGGACAUAACUGUUUUACUGUGAAGGAGGGGGAGAAUGAUGUUGAUCAUACAAGAAGAGCCAUUACACUGUUAGACAUUGGAAAAAAAGAACUUAUUGUGUACAAAAGUGAAGUAUUUAAUAAAACUUUUUCAUAUAUAUA